AUGGAUUUUCGUACUGAACCAAUCCUGGUGCAGAUGCGGACUACGCCAGCCUUUCCAGUCAGAAAAACUUUCACCGUGGACUUUGAAGUCCUUCCCGCCCCGUGGGUCUCCAAGCAAAACAAAGUUGUUUUGCAGAAUCUUCUUAUAUGUGUCAUCCUCUUCCACACUGUGUACUAUGAGGUCCUGGGCAUGUGCUGCAUGAUCUUCAGGGCAUAUGAGUUGGAUGUCCUGGCACCAUUUGAUUUCAAAACAAACCCCUUAUGGCUCAACACAAAUUUAAAGGUAAUUGUUCUUCUAGUCUCAACGCAGGUCACCUACUUUGUUUGCGGAUUGCUUUUCGUUCUGGUUGUAGAAGAACGGGUCUGGGAUUAUGCUAUUUCAGUAACUAUUCUUCAUGCUGUCAUCACUUCGGCAAAGCAAAUUAUGUUGGAAUUCCCUUUGACAUCACAUUGGUGGGCUGCUUUAGCAAAGAAGCUGCCGGGGCUCAGGGAUGCUCUUCCCCCGGAGCUACCCCUGACUCCCCGGGGGGACGUUUCUGGUCAUAGUGAUGCAUCUGAGAAGGGCAUGGUCCGGGCUGGCAGCCCGGGUGCUGGUUCCUGGAGAACUUGCCUGAACAGCCUGGGUCCACCUGGACUGCAAGGCAGCCAGCACGGCGGGAGGGCAGCCAGGCCUGGGGACGCCAUCUGGGGGCUCGUCUAG